GAUGUGUGCCACGCCUACCAGAUUCUGAAAAGGGGAGGACUCAAGGAGGAGAACAUCGUGGUGUUUAUGUACGACGACAUCGCCAAUAACCCUCUCAACCCAAGGCCUGGAGUCAUCAUCAACCAUCCUAACGGCACAGAUGUUUACGCUGGUGUUCCCAAGGACUACACCGGUGACCAGGUCACUACUAAAAACUUCUUCGCGGUCCUCUUGGGCAACAAAACCGCGGUUACUGGAGGGAGUAGGAAAGUAAUAAACAGCAAACCGAAUGAUCACAUCUUCAUCUAUUACACGGAUCAUGGGUCUCCUGGUUCUCUUGGUAUGCCAAACUUGCCAUGGCUUUAUGCUGGCGACUUCAUUAAGGUGUUACGAGAAAAGCAUGCUUCCAAGAGCUAUUCAAAAAUGGUUAUAUAUGUUGAAGCUUGUGAAAGUGGCAGUAUGUUUGAGGGUAUAAUGCCUCAGGAUCUUAAUAUUUAUGUUACAACAGCAUCAAACGCAGUUGAAAGUAGUUGGGGAACUUACUGCCCUGGGCUGAAUCCAUCACCUCCUCACGAAUACGUUACCUGUUUAGGUGACCUCUACAGUGUGUCUUGGAUGGAAAACAGUGAAACUCACAAUCUAAAGAAGGAAACAAUCAAGGAUCAGUACGAGGUGGUUAAAAACAGAACCGCAAGCUCAGAUUACAUAACUGGUUCUCAUGUCAUGGAGUAUGGUGACAAGACAUUCAAGGAUGACAAGCUUUUCCUUUAUCAAGGUUUUGAUCCUGCAAAUGUCAACAACACAAACAGGGUGCCUUUGCCCGGCCUGGAAGGUGCAGUCAAUCAAAGGGAUGCGGAUAUUAUUUUCAUGUGGAAGAAGUAUGAGCAGCUAAAUGGGGGAUCGGAAGAUAAGCUGAGGGUUCUCAAGGAGAUCAAAGAAACCGUGGCACACAGGGUGCAUCUUGACAGCAGUAUCGAUUUCAUCGGGAAGCUUGUCUUUGGAUUUGAAAAGGGACCUUCAAUACUUGAAGCUCCUAGAAGCUCUGGCCAACCAGUAGUCGACGACUGGGACUGUUUGAAGAGGAUGGUGCGCGUUUUCGAGUCCCACUGCGGAUCACUUACUCAGUACGGCAUGAAACACACGAGGGCGUUCGCAAACCUAUGCAACAACGGUGUCUCCGAGGCCGAAAUGAAGGAAGCAAGCAUCGGCGCCUGCGGAGGUUACAACUCGGCGAAGUGGAGCCCACUGGUUCUUGGGUACAGCGCCUGAUCCGCUCGCUGCAGUAUACGGGAGCAACAACUAUUGCUCCAGAUGUUACACCUCGUAGGUGUACAUACAUAUCAGUUAUACGAGAAACCACAGAACAUUGAUUCUCUUGUGUGUGUUGGUUAUAAUCAGUACGUAGUUUAUGGUCAUGCCUGUGUAAACUGAGUUUGACUGCAAUCAAUUGAAAGGCAAUGAUUAUGACACAAGUCUAUGAAUAUUGUUGCAGGGCAGUGCCCUCUGAUAUGGUGAGCCAUCUU